AUGGCAGAACCAGUGUUGAAACUCGACGGCAAAAUAUCGAUAAUCACCGGCGGUGCAGGCGGAAUCGGAGAAGCGACGGCGCGUCUCUUUGCCAACCACGGCGCGUUUGUCAUCAUCGCAGAUAUCCAAGACGAACAAGGUCGGCAAGUAGCAGAUUCAAUAGGCUCACAACGCUGCACCUACAUCCACUGUGACGUCGCCGACGAACAGCAAGUCAUCUCCGCCAUCAAUUUCACCGUCGAUACUUAUGGUCGAUUAGACAUCAUGUUCAGCAACGCCGGAAAAGUGAGCAGUUCCGACCAGACGGUUCUCGAUCUCGACCUACCACAAUUCGACAGCCUCUUUGCCGUCAACUGCCGUGGAACCGCCGUCUGCGUGAAGCACGCAGCGCGAGCAAUGGUGGAGAAAAGCGUGAGAGGUUGCAUCAUCUGCACGGCGAGCGUCGCCGCCUCGAGAGGAGGAAGUAUGCGGACGGAUUACGUGAUGGCGAAGCACGCAGUGGUCGGAUUGGUGAGAUCGGCGAGCAAGCAGCUCGGUGUGCACGGAAUAAGAGUGAACUGUGUAUCGCCGUCGGCGGUGGUGACGGGGUUGUCGAAGAGGACGACGGAGGAGACGAAGAAGACAAUGAAGGUAUACGAGGCACUAACGAGCUUGAAAGGGAUCGAAUUGACGGUCCGGAGAGUAGCGGAAGCGGUAUUGUUUCUUGCGUCGGACGAUUCCUCCUUUAUCACCGGCCAUGAUCUGGCGGUGGACGGCGGGCUGCAAAAACUUCCGGACGUUGAUGACGUCAUCAUGUACAAUCGUUGAUGAACAAGGUAGUUGUAUGCCAUUUCCUCUUAAAUUAUUAAAUAAAAUUGGGUAUAUUAUCGGGAAUAAAAAUACUUUGCUUUCUUUCUAUCAACGUGUGUAAAGGUAGGAGAUGGAUAUUAGGGGUGAUCAAAACCCGAUAAAUCUGACCAACUUAACCAAACACGAAAU